AUGCGUGGCAUGGGGCUGUGUGUGUACUUGGCUUUGUUGCUGGUGAUGAGCGCACUGUGCCAGAGGAGGGGGUUGGGCUAUCCACGGGAACAGCCAGAGGAGGAAGGUGAUGGGGACCUGAUGCCCAUUGACGUUCUGAACAAGAGUGGCAUCCUGGGGUCCUUGCUGGCCCCCGAAUAUCAACCUGUUGUGCGUGGGAGCAGAUCCCAGCGCCCUGCUCCCCUGGCCCCAAAAAGAAGCCCCCAGGGGUCGCGUUUUGCUCUCUCACUGGAUGUUCCCACCAGCAUCCUCAGCGCCCUGAUAGACCUGGCCAAGAACCACGAAAUGCGCACCAAGGCUGCCGCCAAUGCUGAGCUGAUGGCUCGUAUUGGGAAGAGGAAAUGA